AAAAUGUUGUGAAUGUUAUUGGGAAUUUAAGUUCGUUUAAUAUUGGUAAAUAUGCGAUUACUUAAAUUAUUUUCAGCUUACAAUUUACAACAUGUCAGACAUAUAAAAUUGUAUACACCAUCAUAUGGGCACCGUUGGUAUCCCGACGUGGAUUACUUGAAAGAAUUAUCCGGGCCAACUAUAUUCAGAAACGAAGCCUCAGACAAAUACUAUAAUGUAAUUUACAAUUCAGUAGUACGACCGGUGGAAAGAAAACUUCAAAAUAUGUGGAUAAAUUUUGGUCCACAACAUCCCGCUGCCCACGGAGUGUUACGGCUCAUUUUGGAGUUGGACGGUGAAACUGUCGUUCGUGCAGACCCUCACAUUGGUUUCUUGCAUCGAGCUACAGAAAAAUUAAUGGAAAGCAAACAUUAUAAUCAAAGCUUACCUUUCAUGGAUCGUUUAGAUUACGUAUCCACGAUGGCGAAUGAACAAGGAUUCGUCCUAGCAGUUGAAAAGUUACUAAAUAUUGAAGCUCCUCCGAGAGCAAAAGCCAUUCGGGUUAUGUGCGCCGAAUUAUCACGUAUAGCAAAUCAUUUGUUGAACGUAUCGGGCACGGUGCUAGAUGCUGGAGGUAUAACUCCAUUUUUCUGGAUGUGCGAGGAGCGAGAAAAAAUAUACGAACUAUUCGAAAGAGUGUGUGGCGCUCGAGUGCACAACGCUUAUUUCAAACCAGGAGGUGUUACCAUGGACAUACCCGUAGGCUUUUUAGACGACGUCUACGAGUUCUGCAGCAAGCUUGGGGAGCGGUGCGACGAAACCGAGGAUCUCGUCACUGGCAACAGGUUGUACUACGCCCGCACCGCUGGCAUAGGCGCUGUGAAUGCCCACGAUGCAAUCAAUUUAGGCUUUACGGGCCCAAUGUUACGUUGUACUGGAGUAAAGUGGGAUUUACGAAUCGCUCAUCCUUACGAUGGAUAUGAUCUAUACGAUUUUGAUGUACCCGUUGGUACCUUUGGAGAUAGCUACGAUAGACACCUUCUGAGAUUAUAUGAAAUGCGCCAGUCACUGAGAAUAAUAAACCAAGUCAUCGAUACUAUUCCAGAGGGGGAAGUGCGAACCGACGAUUCAAAAAUAUCACUACCUCUAAGACAGGAAAUGAAAACCUCGAUGGAAGCACUGAUCCAUCAUUUCAAGCUGUGCACUGAGGGAUAUGUAGUUCCUCCCGGAGCUACUUAUACGUCCGUUGAAUGUCCUAAAGGAGAAUUAGGAUUAUAUAUGGUAUCUGAUGGCACUUCUAAGCCGUAUCGUGUACAUUUACGACCAUGUUCUUAUAAUCAUUUGGCAGGUUUGGCUAUAAUGGGUAAGAAGAUGAUGCUUGCUGACAUAGCUAUUCUUAUUGCUACUAUAGACAUAGUGUUUGGUGACAUAGAUCGCUAAGUAGUGGACGUCAAUAUUUCCAUUUAGUAAAGGGUUAAAAGGUAUUCGUAGCUAUCGAAAAGUAA